GUCAAAACGCUUCAGUUACACUGUGCGCCUGUUCUGCGCUCUCUGUUGUGGUGUCUCGAGUUGAAAAUCAUUACAACUGUCCUUGUCCAAUGAUCUAGGCUGACUCUGCAACUCUAUCUGACCCUGCUUCUGUCCAGAACGAUCUGUGUAGGAUAGGAUCUGCAAAUCGUGACAUGUGUCACUACUACCCGCAUCUUGAAGCUACCAGCUGGUCCCCUGUCUAUUACGAGAGGGGUCAUGAACACUAUUUCUCAUCAUCUUGACAGCACAUAUCCUCGCCUAUACCAACCAAGUUCAUACUCGCUAUUUCGAGCGUUUUCGAGCGUCAUCCCCCGGGGUACUGCUGAAAUAUUUGAAUUUCAGCUUGGUUGACAUCAUCGACUUUGGGUGCCCCGCCACACCGGUGUGAACAGCACGGAUGAACCUAAUCCCCGACGUUUUGUAUGCCGAUCAGGACUCUACCACAUGGCUGAUACUCGGCGCCAGCAGGGGCAUCGGAUUGGAGUUUGUACGGCAACUGCUUGCUAGGGACGAACGCAUCAUUGCCACGGUGCGCGAGCCUUGGGCAGCUCAUGCUUCUGGGCUGUGGGGCCAGGCUGGUAGCGACCAUGGGCGCUGUCAAAUGUACACUUGUGACAUACUGUCGGAGCAGAGUAUAGAGAAAUUUGUCGCCCAGCUCGCCAUGAUCCCAAAUUUGAAGAUCGACUACGUAGUGCUGAAUGCUGGAGUUCUAAGAUAUCCAAACAGAGCCACUGAGCUGUCUUUUGACGAGUUUGCCUUCCACCUACACACCAACACCAUCGGGCCCAUCAUCACAGCCCAAAAGCUGCUGCAAACCAACAUCCCCAUCGGCACCAUCGUCUUCAUGUCCAGUGACUCUGGCUCUCAAGGCAAUUUUCGGGAGAUGGAAGAUGGUUUCGCCGCUUAUGCUGCUUCAAAGGCAGCUCUCAAUAUGGCCGUCCGCCACAUGGCAGCAGAGCUGAAAAGGAAAGAUGACGACACAAUCAUCUUAUGCAUGCAUCCUGGAGAGGUCGCAACGGAUAUGGCGAACAUCCAGCUACCCUGGGAAGUACACGGCAUCAUUACGCCGGAGGAGUCAGUUCUGAAGAUGAUUGACGUAAUACAAAGCAAAGGCAUACAGCAUAGUGGGACGUUCUGGACAUAUGAAAACAAGCCAUACGUGUGGUGACAGUUCCUUUCUAGUAUUUCGAUUUUUUGCAUACUUGCGGUACCUCUCCACUUGGAUAUACCCAUACUAGAUUGCAUAUGCAUGUUCUCCUCAAAAGCUGAGAUUGGUUGUAUGAUUUUUGCCACACUAACCUAGGGACUUUUGAGACACCUGAUAGCAUAGGCUCAAGUCCAGGAAUAGUAUGCCACUCCGGCUACACUCUGCUUCGCAAGCAGAGAUCGUCAUGCAAUUUCACCGAAC